CUCAAAUGGAGCCCAGAAGCGUUGCUAUCAUAGCGUUUUAGAGGCAAGAACUUCACAUCACAUCAAGUAAUUUCCAGAAUUCUACCAGGUCUACAAUGGAUGAAAGCCAGUGCUACUCGGGAACAGAAGUAGUUCAGGAAGAGUUAGCAGUUGCAUCCAAGCCUCCUACAGUCAUCCAUUCAGAUGAAGAUGAUGAUUAUGAAGACAUGAAUUCAUUUCAAGCAACACAGGAAGCAAAGGAGAGCACCAGCCAAACAGGUGAGAAAAGUCCCAAUUCUUCCAUGACAACUAAAGAACUUCAGGAAUACUGGCAGAAUGAGAAACGAAACUGCCGAGAAGUCAAGGUGCUUUUUGAAAUCCCAUCAGCCAAAAUUGUAGAGAAGCCUUUCUCUAAAUAUGUGAAGUACCAAAUCAUCAUAAUCCAGACCGGCAGCUUUGACAGCAAUGUAUCAGUGAUUGAACGUCGGUAUUCUGAUUUUGAAAAGCUGCACAUAAACCUAUUGAAAGAGUUUUAUGAUGAAAUGGAAGACCUUGUCUUUCCCAAAAAAAUCCUGACUGGCAAUUUCAUGGAUGAGGUCAUAAUGGAGAGAAAGCUAGCUUUCCAGGAUUAUUUGCGGCUUCUAUACUCCAUGGAGUUCAUCAGGUCAUCUCGAAUGUUUAUUGACUUCUUAACCAGGCCUGAGCUGGAAGAGGCCUACAGCUGCCUUCGAGGAGGACAAUACACCAAAGCUUUGGAAGGUCUUCUGGAGGCCAUAGCUUUGCAAGAGAAGCUCACAAAGCAUAGACCCAUUCUGUUGGUUCCCACACUCUGUGCCAUCCUUGUAUGUCACAAAGAUCUGGAGAACUUCAAAAGUGCCUUCGAAUUCGGAGAAAAGGCUUUACAGCGCUUAGAAAAACAGCCUGGCCACCGGUACUACAUACCCCUGUUAGAAACAAUGAUCUUCUUAGCCUAUGAACUUGGGAACGAUUUUUUGUUCUUCCAAAAGAAGUUGGAAGACAGGAAGGCCAAGAAGCGUCAACCGAAAAUGGUGACACUGAAGGAACUGACCGUACAGGAAUAUAUACACUGAGAGGAAGAAAGGGAGAGAAAUAGAAUGCAGAUUUUGAUGAGGCAGGAGCAUUUUCCCAACAAAAAAGGAAGACUGAAAGUUAGUUGGAACUUAGAGAAAAAAAUAUGAGAGAAGAGUUUAAUAAAUGAUUUGUUGUGUGCAGGAAGCAAA